UUCAAUCCUUGUGUUGCACUCUUUUCUUACCCAAUAUUUCUCUAGACCAAUAUGGAAUACUAUGGCAAGAGAAGCCUCCAUAGUUACUUUGAUAAAGAAAGAAGAUCAUCAAUACAAUCCCCUCCUCGUCUUUCCUUCAAUUCUCAUCUAAACUUAUCUGAACACGAACUUCUCUAUAGUCCUUCAAGAUCUUCUAAUGCUAGUGCAACCACUAUGCUUUCCUUAAUGCCCUCUCCUAGCCCGGAUUCUCCUUGGACACUUUCCCCUUUACAAACACCAUCCCCCUCUCUCCUCUAUCAUUGCAUCGCGUCCCUCCAUCGCCACGAGGGCACAAUUUAUGCCAUCGCCAUUGCAAAAGGUAUUGUCUUCACCGGCUCAGAGAGUAGCCGGAUACGUGCAUGGCGACAACCGGAUUGUAUCGAGAGAGGGUACCUCAAGGCAAGUUGUGGUGAUGUUAGGGCAAUUUUGGUCUAUGGUAGCAUGUUAUUCACUUCACAUAAAGACUACAAAAUCCGGAUAUGGAAUGUGAAUGCAUCCGAUAAUUUUCGAGGCAAGAAAAUCAUAACCCUACCUAAGUCCACUUAUUCAUUUCUCAAAUUUCCUAGGUCAAGUAGUAGCAAUCAACAUAAAGAUUGCAUUUCUUGCAUGGCUUAUUACCAUGCAGAAGGGCUUUUAUACACAGGAUCAUGGGAUAAAACAGUCAAGACAUGGAGAAUCUCCGAUAAUCGAUGCGUGGACUCGUUCUUGGCUCAUGAAGAUAAUGUCAACUCAAUUGUUGUAAAUCAAGAAAAUGGUUGUGUUUUCACAUGUUCAUCCGAUGGUUCAAUAAAAAUUUGGAGAAGAGUAUAUGGACAAAACUCUCAUACUCUUACAAUGACACUAAAAUUCCAGCCAUCACCUGUUAAUACAUUAGCCCUAAGCACUUCACUAAAUUCUUGUUUUCUCUACUCUGGAUCCUCAGAUGGAUUCAUAAAUUUUUGGGAAAAGGAGAAAACUUCCGGUAGAUUUAACCAUGGAGGAUUCUUGCAAGGGCAUAGAUUUUCUGUCCUUUGUUUGGUUGCAAUAGAGAAAUUGAUAUUUAGUGGCUCAGAGGAUACAACAAUUAGGGUUUGGAGAAGAGAAGAAGGGAGUUGUUUUCAUGAGUGUCUUGCUGUGUUAGAUGCACAUAGAGGUCCAGUUAAGUGUUUGGCUGCUAAUUUGGAAAUUGACAAAGUUGUAAUGGGAUUUUUGGUUUAUAGUGCUAGUUUGGAUCAAACUUUUAAAGUUUGGAGAAUUAAGGUUAUGCCUGAUGAGAAGAAGGUUAAUAUUUCCUCGGAAGAAAAUGAUCAGCAGAAUGGUGAAAAUAAAAUGAAGACAAUGGAAUAUGAGUUAAAUCCUGUUUUAUCUCCUUCUUGGGUAGAGAAGAAACUACGAGGGAGCCAUCAUUUUCACUAGGAAAAAAAUAAAGUUAGUUUACUUGAAGUCGACGUGUAUAUUAUUUUGUAUUUCAAAUUUCAAGAACUAUAAAUGAUCCCAUAAAUCUGUGUUGCUGAUGACAUCUUAUUUAUGGUGGGACAACUCAUAUACUGUCCGGUUAGAUUUUAUA